AGGGGCUGGCGCACCUUCGUCCGUCUUAUCGGCAACCCAGGACUUCCCAAGAACCUGGCCUCCGGGGCUUUCCGGCCCGCGAUCAUUACCCAUCAGCAGUCACGGAAGAACAGAAAGAUAAUUGGCUCGGAUCACUUGCGCGCAAACCCCGGAUAAGGCGCCUGGGUACUUGUCGCCAUGGGAGGGAGACGCAGAGGAGUACCUGGAUCUAAUGAGGACUUCUCGUUUGUCAGCCCGGUCGUGAAGUAUCUACUGUUCAUGUUCAAUUUCAUAUUUUGGAUAAUCUCCCUGGUGAUGGUGUCAAUCGGCGUGUAUGCCCGCAUGAUGAAACAUGCAGAGGCAGCGCUGGCCUGUCUGUCAGUGGACCCCGCUAUAAUGCUGAUGGUUGUGGGGGUCCUCAUGUUCAUCAUCACCUUCUGUGGCUGUGUGGGCUCCCUGCGAGAAAACAUCUGCCUCCUGCAGACAUUCUGUAUCUGUCUGACAGUGAUCUUCCUGCUCCAGCUCACUGCUGGUAUUCUGGGCUUCGUCUUCUCAGAUACGGCCCGGAGUAAAGUGACAGAGAUGAUCAACAAUGCCAUCGUCCACUACAGAGAUGACAUUGAUCUGCAAAACCUUAUUGAUUUUGGUCAGAUGGAGUUCGGCUGCUGUGGUGGUGUCACGUACACCGACUGGUCCCAGAACAUAUACUUCAACUGCAAGAAGGACAACCCCAGCAGAGAACGCUGCUCUGUCCCCUUCUCCUGUUGUAUCAUAUCCAAAGACAAGGCGGUUAUCAACACCAUGUGCGGCCAGGACAUGCAGGACUUAGAGUACCAUGAAGCUGGAAACCACAUCCACACCAAUGGCUGCAUAGAUAAAUUGGUCGAUUGGAUUCACAGUAACCUGUUCAUUCUCGGAGGUGUUGCACUGGGAUUGGCCAUCCCGCAGCUGGUUGGGAUCCUCCUGUCUCAGAUUCUGAUCAACCAGAUCAAAGACCAGAUCGAGCUCCAGGACUACAACCUCAGACACCGCUCUGACCCGUGGACCUGACCCGGACCAGACCGGAUUCCGACCAACGACACCAUAAACAUGGUGAUCCAAGCGGGGAAGGGGGGGGGUAGAACUAUUUAUGCCAGUUCUCUGAAAACAUCUGUCAGCCUGGUAUGAGUAUCCAGUCUCAUUCCCCUUGGAUUUAAAAGAACACAGAUGGAGAAAUAGGACUUUGUCGCCGCCCACUGGACAUGGACCAUGUUCGCAUUUACCAAACAUUUUCUAAUAGUUAGAGGAGCAGAGGGACUAUUUGGUACUCGGGGUCAUAUUGACAGGUUUAUGUUGACCUUAAGAACUGCAGUCAGUAUAAUCUACACGAAAGCAUUUUCUAUCGUUUCCUUUUUUUUUUUGAGAUGCCAAACUGGACUGCGAGUUACAACAUAUCUAUGUAUCCUGCUGGCUACAAAUUCAUAGUUAAAUAACUAAAAAGGGAAUGGCAUUCUCUAAAAUGGAACGUUUUGGAGACUCUUUGAAAACUGUCAACUGAAAUGUCAGACCUAAUGUCUUCUCCAUGCUCAGUAAUGCUGUUUGUUGUUGCCAGCAUCUGUGAGGUGAUUCUGACAUUUGAUAUUUGCUGGAAUUUAUAUCACAUAUUGUUUUUAUUCACUGAAAUA